UUAGCUUGUACUAUCGAACAAGCCAAGAUUAUCGCCAGCUUAAGACCAUUUGAAGAUCCGGAGGACAUGAAGAAAAAGCUUCGAAAACGGAAAGGUGUCAGCUCAGCAGUCUUCACACAGUACCAAGAGGUCAUGAAGGGGUACAUCGAAGUGGACCGUGUGUUGACCAAAUGUGAAGCGCACGGUGCUGAGCUAUCUAAGAUUAUGAGUGUUUGGGCUGGAAUGGAUGAAAGUUCGACUCCGGAUGCCGAUGGUGCCGUGGAUUUGAUCAAUGUCAAAUCAAACUCGAGUCAUCCAGCCAUGAAAGGCUACCUCUACAACCAGCCAAAAUCUAUUCCUUCGGGCAUCAAGUUAAAAGCGUAUCAACUUUUAGGCUUGAACUGGUUGAAUCUAUUAUAUUCAAAACGGAUUUCUUGUAUCCUUGCUGAUGAGAUGGGUUUGGGAAAGACGGCUCAGGUGGUCACUUUUCUGUCUCAUCUUAAACUUUCAGGUCGUCCGGGCCCUCAUCUAGUGAUCGUACCGGCUUCUACGUUGGACAAUUGGACUCGAGAAUUUAAGACGUUCAGCUCUAAUCUCUUGGUUCGAACGUAUUAUGGGAAUCAAGUUGAACGUGCGGAUCUACGAUACGAGUUAAAAGGUCUAGAAGAGCUUGAUGUGAUCUUAACUACUUACAAUGUUGCUAGCGGUGCACCUGAUGAUCGAAAGUUUUUGGAUCGGAUGAGAUUCGAUGCCUGUGUUUACGAUGAGGGUCAUCAAUUGAAGAACAGCGAGAGUAAGAAGUACAAGGAUCUGAUGAGGAUGCGUGUUCAAUGGCGAUUGUUGUUGACAGGAACACCACUUCAGAAUAACUUACAAGAACUCGUAUCUCUAUUAAGCUUCAUCUUACCUACUAUCUUUGAGAAUGCAAAGGAAGACCUUCGGAUGAUUUUCAAAGUACCAGUCGAGGCGCAAGCGAACUUAUUGGCACAAACAAGAGUGACGCGAGCCAAGAAGAUGAUGUCACCCUUUGUGUUACGAAGAAAGAAAGCGCAGGUAUUGAGUGAAUUACCUAAGAAGAUUGAGGAGGUGAUGUAUUGUGAAUUGGUUGGAAAUCAAAAAGCACUUUAUGAUGAAGCACUAAGUAGAAGUAAAAAAAGUUUGAUCAGCAAUGAGAUUGUAGUAGAUGAUUUAGAUGAUUUGGAUGAAGAAGAAGAAGGAAAGAAGAAGAAGAAGAAGAAUGAGAAGAAGAAAACUGGAAGUAAUGGACCAUUAUCUACUAAUAUCUUGAUGGAGCUUAGGAAAGCUUCUAAUCAUCCAAUGUUAUUUAGAAGACUUUACAAUGAUCAAACGAUCCGUUUGAUGGCUAAAGCUUGUUUGAAGGAAUUGGAAUUUCAUGAUAGGAAUGUGGAAUUGAUCUUUGAAGAUAUGGAGGUCAUGACGGAUUUCGAAUUACAUUUGUUUUCAACACAAUACAAGCAUUUAAACAAGUUUGCCUUAAAGAAUGAAGAAUGGAUGAAUGCAGGAAAGAUUGAAAAAUUAAAAGAAUUAGUGAUCAGAUUGAAAUCCAAAGGAUCUAGGAUCUUAAUCUUUUCACAAUUUACACAGAUGUUGGCGAUCUUGGAAAAAGUGAUGGAGUGUAUUGGAGUGAAAUUUUUGAUUUUAACAGGUUCUACUAGUGUUGGAGAUCGACAACCAUUGGUAGACGAGUUUACUAAUGAUGAAUCGAUUACAGUUUUCUUGUUAUCUACCAAAGCGGGUGGAUUAGGAUUGAAUUUGAUGGCUGCUGAUACUGUAGUGAUCUUUGAUCAAGACUUUAAUCCACAUAAUGAUCGACAAGCAGAAGAUCGUGCAUAUCGACUUGGACAGAAAAGAGAUGUACAUGUGAUCAAGUUUGUGACGAAGCACACUAUUGAAGAGGAUAUCUUACAGUUGGCUCAGACUAAGAUCGCAUUAGAUACGUCUGUUUCUACUGAUCAUCAGAAAUCAUCAACAGAUGAUGUGAGCCAUGUGGAUCGGAUGAGUUCAAGUUCAGUAAAUGGAUUGAAUGUGGAACCUCUUUCUGAAAAAGCGGUUAAAAGCUCAUUGAUGGCUACUUUGAGAAAACGGAUCAUGGAAUAAACGGUUUUGGUUUGAUUGUUUUUAUCUGUUUUUUUUGUCUUUUUUUGUAAGUAAGAAAUUCGGUUUGGUUCGUUUUUUUGUUUACUUUAUAAAAGGCUUGGUUUGGUUUGGUUUGAUUUGAUUAUUGAUAGUUUUGAGGAUCUUUUUAAUUUUGUUUAUUUAUCUCUUUUUUUAUGAAGAUGUUAAAGAGAAAGGAGAAGAGAAAAAUUAGUUUGAUAAAAGUUGUCUGUGAUUUGUUUUUCUUUUAAUGAUGAUAUUGAUCUGUUUGGUUUUUUUUUUCUUUUCUGAAAAAUCAGUUUGUUUGAUAUGUUUCUUUUUUGCUUGAAGAGAGAAAGAAUUUUCUUUUAUAUACA